CAACAGUGAAAGAUAAGGUCUGAUUUUCGCACAAAAUGAAAUACUUCCUUGGCGUCCUCGUUUUGUGGAUACUCUGCCAAAAUACUCUCGCAGAAAAAGAGGACAAUCCAGUAUUUAAAAACUUUGAAAGAAGACUAGAGAGAUUGGAAGAUCGAGUAUACGAGAACCUUGUAAUCAAGAUGCUCCAACAGGACGCACCUCCUGAAAGGGAAGAAAAGACGUUCAAGAUAAUCGGCUCGAAGUCUUACUAUAUUGAAACGGAUGAGGAAAAAAAGAAAACCUGGCCGGAGGCUGUGAAUUACUGUAAACAACUCGACGCCCAUUUGGCGAGUCCCCAAAACGAAACCGAAUUCCUAUUUCUUCAAUACAAUGAUGAUAUAUAUAAAGAACAUAGUCGCAGUUACUGGAUUGACAUCACUGAUCAUGUCAGUGAAGGGACGUAUCUUUCCCAGACUUCUGGCCUCCCAGCUCCUUAUUUGCAGUGGAAAUUCGGAGGAGCCAAUUCACUCGCUAGAGAAGAAGAUUGUGUGGAAAUGCUUGCUGGCUACGCGCACGACAUGAAUAACGCUAAUUGUAUGGACAAAAACUUUUAUAUUUGUGAAAAAAAUCCUGAAGAACCUUUCAUUACUAGGUUGUGGAAGUGGAUUACAGAAUAA